AUGGGAAUGUGCCGGAAGUCCAAGAAAUACAAUGUUCACCUUCGCACCAAGCUCCUCACAGCGAUACCCCGUUCGCGGAGCUCUUUAUACUAUGUUACCGAGAGUGUAACGAAGGUGUCAGGGGCUUUGAACAAGGAGCUUGACCUUCGCAUUCAGUCGUCUACCUUUCAACUGCAGACAUUUGCGAAGACGUGUAGUCAGUCCUGUAUCAUGGAGCCAAUAAGGAUCCCCCCUCCAGACGACCCUGGUAUGAGGCUCAAAAUAUACCUUUUCCUGGUGCUAGGCUGUCUGUCGGUUGUCCCAUUUGUUAUGUGGAUGGGUACCAAGUACACCCGCACUCGUUUCCAAGAUGCAAUAAUUUCCCGGAAUCUGUUCCAGGCUCUGCCAUCUGUGCCAUCGGUGGAGAUCUCGCCGACAAGAGUGGCCACCGGCGCACGGAACAGUACAGUAUUUGUAGAUGAUUCCGUUGCAAUAGAAACCUUAUCAAAACUGAAGAUCUUCUGUUGGAUAACAACAAUGGAAAAGGAAAUCAACAACAAAAUCCCCGCAGUGAACGAGACUUGGGCGAGACGAUGCGAUAAAAGAAUGUUUGUCAUGACAACCAGUAAAAAAUAUCCAGGAAAGGAAAUAGUGAACCUUGGCAUCAAAGAUGGCCGCCAGCACUUGACGGAAAAGUCGAUAGCGUCUUUAAAGCAUAUUUACAAACAUCAUCUAGACAAGUAUGACUGGUUUCUGAAAGCGGACGACGAUACGUUCGUCGUGAUGGAGAACUUGAAGUUUCUGUUGUCGCACUAUGACCCGACUGAGGGGGUGUAUGUGGGUCACCUGUUCAAGAAAUACACCAAGUGGGGGUACAUGAGCGGAGGCGCUGGCUACGUGAUCAGCAGACAGGCUCUACGACUUCUGGUGGAACAAGGGUACAAUACAAAAAACACGUGCGCGAAGUCCGGGAAGGACGAAGACGUGGAAGUAGCGAGCUGUCUACACAAUGUCGGAGUCCCCGUCCACAACACCCUAGACAGGUUCGGUCGGGAGUCCUUCCACGCCUUCAGCGCCGGGGACCAUAUCAUGGGCUCCCUGCCUAAAGCUAUGCAGGAGUGGGACCGCCAUGAAACUAAGAAGGGCAAGGAAUGUUGCAGCCAGCUGACAAUAAGUUUUCACUACGUGGAUCCUAAACAAAUGAGGACGCUGGAGUUUCUGUUAUAUAGGACUAGUGUCUAUGGAAGAAAAUCCGAACCACGAUUUUUUCACAAUUUCUUCCAAAUAGGUGUCGUGCCGUCAUUACCUCUACCGACCACGACUAUCCGCAAACCAGGCGCCGAAAAACAAGCUGGUAAACAUGCCAAAAAAGGGUGAAUGGACACACAUCAAGAACCCAAUCUGAAAAGUGUCAUAAAAAGGAAAACAAAGAAGAUCCAAAAUAUCUCUUGUUGAAUGACGAACAUCAUUGACUUAGUACUGCAUUUGGGGGUCUGGUGCCUUUUGCUAUUUUGCAAUCUUUCUAAAUUUUAUUUUAUUACGGUUACCAUGGAAACAAUGUAACAACUCAAGGUUUCGUUUCCGAGCCAUAACUUGCAAACUAAUGAAUAUUUUUGUAUGAAACAUGUACAAUGACCACAUGCUCAACAUGCCUUUUCAUAUUUUUCAGUUCUGUUUUUUAAUUUCUUGUGUUUCCAUGGAAACAAAUUUGAGAUCUUCCAUUAUCUUUCCGGUCUAUAUUGCUAUUCGCAAUUAUUGUUAUUUGGAUUUGCAAGCACAUUUACGGUAACAACUUGAACAAAUGUAUAACAAAACGAGAGUUGGGUGACAUAAGAUUUUGAGUAUAAACACAUUCUAGUUAGAAAAUGGUCUUGGAUUGAUACUUUGCACUGCUGGAGUGCAGAUUAGAUGGCAAAAAGUUCUGUAUUUAAAUGGGAAUAGCUGGGGUUUUUUAUAUUAUGGGAAUGAGAAGUAAUUGAUAUAUGUUCAGAUACAUGGAUACCUAUGCCAGUUGUAUUGUUUGUGUUUUGUGAUGCAUCUUUGUAUGUGUGUGGGUGGUGUGUGUUCGGUUUACUUCAGUGAUACAUUUUAUUCCAGUUUUUGUUUGUUUUUGUUGGUUGGUUGGUUGGUUGGUUGGUCUGUUAUUUAACACCGCGCUCAGCAAUAUUCAAGCUAUAUGACGGCGGUCUGUAAAUAAUCGAUUCUCGACCAA